GUUGAUUUUCUUUGCACCUCGGUCGAAGUUGUAACUGGCGAGCUAGCUAGCUACCAAUGAAGGCAGGCUAGUGGAAGCUAGCGUUAACGGCUGCGAUGUGUGGGGCUUCUCUCCACUUUUGUACUCGACCUGAAAGUCGUCGCUGCGAGCGGAUUUAGCACCAAAUCGUGACCAGUGAGCCAACUCUUUUGCCCUAAAAUAUCCCGUUAAGCCGUUAAACUAGCAUCCGAGCAACUUUUUAGCAGCUUUUCCUCCUCCUCUGGGUCCUGACGUUGUCGAGGAUGUGACCUUCCUUGAGUUCCUAAAGCAUGAAAGCCAUCCAUCGGCGAGCCUGUCUACUUGAUGAUGGCCUAUCAGGGUAGCUAACUAGCUGGCUGCCUUAUCCAGUUGCAGGCCAGUUAGAGCACAGCCAGAAGAAAGCUGCUGGAGACAGCCAGACAGGCUGGUUUGGGUGGAUUCAAGAAAACAAGUGGAGCCAAAUCUGUUGUCAAAGAGAUGUGGGAUGGGGAAGAAGGUCAGAAGGAGGAGGAUGAGAGGCCAUCAGCCUUAGAGACCUCGCAGGAACUCCAGGAAACCCAUCCCAUGGGAAGCACUGACCAUAAAGAUGUUCGGGAUAUGGCAGCGGGAUUGAUGGACAGGGGAAAUGGUGGGGAGGAGGAGGCGGAAGAGGAGGAGGAGGAGGAAGAAGAGGAAGAGGAGGAGGAUCCUGAUGAUUUGAUGGAGCCAACUGAAGCCCAGCAGCAAACUGCUCAGCACUCACCUGCAGCUGAUAAGAAGCCUGGCCUGGCGCUGACCUGUGGUGAAGAAAGCCAUAAGGAUUCAGAGCUAAACUUAGAGUCUUCCUCACUUAGAGGCCAAGAACCAGAAGUCGAUCCUGAUCCUGAUCUUGACCUUGACCCUGACCCUGAUGGAGACCUUGAAAGUGAUCGACAUGGAGAGUCAUAUCCCUGUCAGCACUGUGAACGCCACUUCUCCACCAGACAGGGCCUGGAGCGUCACAUACACAUUCAUGCCAUUAGCAACCAACAGACACAACUGUUUAAGUGCCGGUACUGCAGCAAAUCCUUUGGCUCACAGCUGGGGCGGCGCAGACAUGAGAGAAGGCAUGAGAGUGGGCCUAAGAAAAGGCCUGGCUCUCUGGCUGGGACUGCUGGUCUACUCAGUCCUGUAGCACAGACUGACGGCUCAAGUCCUGACUGCACCAGCCCAGUUAGUCAGUAUACAGCCAUAGGUUCCCAGUUUACUGGAGGAAUUCUGCACAACUCUGAGAUGCAGAGAAAGGAGUUUGGGGCCCAUGCUGACCGUCCCUUUAUAUUGGAUGACAAUGGGGAGUCAAAAGAACUCCAUCCAUGCAAGUAUUGCAGUAAAGCAUUUGGCACACACACCAACAUGCGGCGACACCAACGCAGAAUACACGAACGGCACUUGUUACCAAAGGGAGUUCGUAGGAAAGGAAUGCUGCUGCAAGAGGCAUCUGCACAGCAACAGCAGCAGCCUGAUGAGUCCCCCAGCGCCAGCCCUCCGCCUGUCUAUGUGCCCAGUGCGGACACAGAAGAUGAGGCAGACAGGGACGAUUACGCAGUUGACAUAUCCAAAAACAUCUCUGAGAAUUUGAGCUUCUACAUUGAUGGCAAGAUUGUGUCCAGCAGUUCGGUGAGUACCUGUGAAGUGAUAGAGGUGGACUCCAGAUCUGCAGCUUUGUUUGGUUUGGACACGGUCAUAAUCAGCCCAAAUCAGAUCGGUCAGGCACUGAAGGUGGAGGGGAGAACGAGUGCUGCAAAACAAGUCUCUAACAUCGGCCAGCCAGCAGCAAAGAGGCGAACAUCCACACCCCCAUUUGUUCCCAGCCUUAAAAUGGAGACAGAAUCGUCGUCUUUCACAGCCUCCUCAUCGUCUUCAUCAUCCUCUACAUCUUCUUCAUCUAACUUGCUAGUGGGAGGACUGUUCCAACAAGGCACAGAUUCAUCAGCAUUUCAGAGAGAGAAAACGGUUUAUCUCUCACCUAAGCUCAAACAGCUCCUUCAGACACAAGAUAUUCAGAAAUCUACCAUUGCCCUGAUAACAGAAAGCCAUAGACUGGCCUCACCGCUGUCAGUCACACCGCUGCAAGGGGCUCCAGGCAGGUUUAAGAGAAGAACAGCUUCUCCCCCGUCAUCUCCACAGCUCAGUCCUGCUUGUAAAACAGAGAGCAGUAAAGCUGAGGUGGCAAGCUCAUACACCCUUAAGGUGCCAAAGCUGGAAAGCCGCAGUGUGUCACCUCCUGGGAGCGUACUAGACAAAGAUGACGGGGACACACUGAACCCUUCAGGAAAUAAUACUCACAGCCAAACAUCUUCUAGUAGCGGAGGAAAUUCCUGUAAUCAACAGCCCUUGGAUCUGUCAAGCUCUGUCAGCAGGAAAAGUGACAGCUCGAACAAGGUGCUCGGGGAUUCGGCUCUUGAUUUAAGCUUGCAUCGUAAGAGCACCGUUGAGCCAGAAUCGAAGGGAAGUCCAGCGCCACAGCCACUGUUAAAAAAGAGAAAGCCUAACACCAGCAUGCUUGAAAAGGUGCUGAUGAAUGAGUAUGUAGGUCUAACUUCGCCAGGAGAGGAGGGCCCCUCGGUCUUAGCAAACCUCAAUUUUUUCCAUUCUCGUUCUCCAAAUGUUGCAUCAGAAUCUGCCCACCCCUCUCCACCCUCUUUGACCCCAGUGACCAUGAACCCAUCUUCACCUGGUAGCUCAAGUGUGACGUCCCCUACACCACCUCCCCCUGUGCUACCUACCAUACCUUCUCCACUGGCUAUGCCUGGCUCUCCUCUCUCUCAGCCUUCAGACUCGUCUGCACUGAGACCUCUUCCUGUCCUCUCACCAAAAAUGUCUCCGAGAUCAGUUGAAAACAAACCCUUGUCAGAUGCAGAGGACAUUUUGUCAGCAGAAGAAAACAAAGAUGAGGAGGAGGACCACAUCUCUGAGCCACUGGACUCCCCAAACACUCCAUGUAAAGAGCUCCUGAAUCAUUCAACGCCAAGCCCCUCUAAGCCUGCAUCAGUAGAUCUGCAUGCUACCGAAGACGUUUCUGUGACUUCGACCUGCACCAGUCUGCUAAAUGGCAAAUUGAAGCAAGACCUUGACUCCGUAACCCAGAAAUCUUUGAAAUCUGACUUUGCUGCUCUCUCACCCCAACCAGAAUCCUCAUCUUCCUCACCGUCUCCUCCUCCUCAUCAUGAUCCAUCCCCAUCACUCGUUCAGCAAUCCCACCCUCAGAUUAAGAUAAAAGAAGAGCCUCAGCACUGCAUAGAUGGGUUGUCAGUUAUGAAUCAUACGCCUCAGGAUGGUGUUGACACUUCACCUCAGCCUGCUGCUCUUGAUAAACCAUCUGAUAAAACCUCUGAGGCAGAGGAAGUCGACUCGACAUACUGCAAGACUUUUGUCUGCAAUGUCUGUGAGGAGCCGUUCAACUCCAUCAAAGAGCUCAGUGGACAUAUCAUAGACCAUGCUGCGGACUGGCCCUUCAAGUGUGAAUUCUGCGUGCAGCUGUUUGGUGACGCGCCCGCCCUGCUGGCUCACCGGACAUCACUACACGGAGUGGGCAGGAUCUUUGUGUGCUCCGUUUGUUCCAAAGAGUUCGCCUUUCUCUGUAACCUCGAGCAGCACCAAAAGGAUCUACAUCCAAAUGAGACAUGUUCAAAUACCACUGUAGAGAGUGGCAAGCUAAGGCCACAGAACUACACAGAUCCAUCCAGAGCCAAAGAGGAAAGCAGUCCCUCAACACCAGCACCAGAGAUGACUGAUGAAUCUGCUCCACACAAUGACUCUGAUUUAGCAAAGGAAGAACCUGAUGUUAAUGGUAAUCAUGCAGAGGACGGAGCAGAGGACCCCAAUGAGGAGCUAUACACUACAAUAAAGAUCAUGGCUUCAGAGGGAGGGAAGCCUAAAGGCCCAGACGUUCGCCUUGGUAUUAAUCAACACUACCCCAGUUAUAAACCACCUCCUUUUCCUUAUCAUAGCCGUUCCCAUGCUGGCUCUGUGGCCUCGGCUACUAACUUCACCACCCACAACAUACCACAGACUUUCAGCACUGCCAUUCGCUGCACCAAGUGUGGCAACAGCUUUGACAACAUGCCCGAACUGCACAAGCACAUACUGGCCUGCGCCAAUGCUAGUGAUAAGAAGCGUUACACUCCCAAGAAAAACCCCAUCCCCCUCAAGCAAAUAGUGAAGAGCCCGAAUGGAGUCGUGUCACCCACAGCAGCCCCUGCAGGACAGAGUGCGUUCCGUAGAAUGGGUCAGCCAAAGAGACUUAACUUUAAUCAAGAUACUGGUAAAACAAAAAUGAGUGCCCUCAGUAAGAAGAAAAACCAGCUGGUCCAGAAGGCAAUAUCACAGAAAAAUAAAGCGGCCACUACUGCAAAGAAGGCUUCCGUUAAAGUUGAAGAAGAGCAGCCCUCUAAUGUCUGCCCCCACUGCAGCAGGGAGUUUACUUAUACUGCAAGUCUCAAUAAACAUAUGGCAGUCAGCUGUCCCAUGAAGCCUGUUGUGAAAAAGGGCAAAAAAGGUCUAGCAGAGGUGAAAAAAGAGGCAGUGUUUGUGGUAGAUAAAAACAUGAAUCUUAGGAAGAAAGCUUCAGACUGUGAAAUACCGCAGACAGAGCCAGAGCAUAAACCCCUGGGAAAGACCAGAGCUCGCAGCUCUGGUGCAACAGACUCCGAACCCCCCCAGGCAAGCAAAGGAAAAACCGCUGCUGCUCUGGGCCGCCUAAAGAGGCCUGCUUCAUUCCCAACCCCAGUUUCCACUAGCAAAAAAACUAAGAAGGGCAAAGUUCAGUCUCUACCUCCCACCCUGUCAGCCCUGGACUCUCCCAGUGACACUGCACAACAACGGCCAUCCAUGAGAAUGCAGCGUAUGGGUAAGGAGGCAGCACCCAAGAGAUUAGCAGAGGCCAAAUCUCCACCACCACUACAAUCGCUGAAGAAAGAGGAGCGGUUUUCCCUGCGAACACGGGAGAGAGUAGGUGGUCCAGUCACCAGGAGCUUACAAAUGGCCAGUACUGCUCCUCCUGCUGAGGUUAAAACUGAGGAACCACCAAUUCAAGAGCCAAAAGAGACUCAGGAAGUGCUGAUGAAGUGAGCCAUGUGGACAUUGUUGAGGUCUUCCUGGGAAUAUGGUGCUCACCUCUCAGGCAACGCUCUGGACUAAUUCAAGACACUGACAGCACUGAGGCUGACCUUUAGCGGUGGGCUUGUUCACUCAAAACAAGUGAAGUUUGCUUAUCUCAACUGCCUUUGCUGGAUUUAAGGAGGGAACUCUUUAUCUUCCAUCUAUCUUAUGAACUGAACUGAGCCUCGAUUUUUAGCCAGCCUUGCAAAAAAAAAAAGAGAGAAAAAAACGAAGAAAAAGAAACUGUAAAUGACAAUGAGUUAAUAUAUACAAUAU